AUGACCAAGGAGCCAUGGCCUGAUGACGUGAAGCUCUUCCAGCCCCACAUUGUGGAGCAGAUACUGUUGCCAGACUAUGGGAACUGCCUGGCUGUGCAAGUAUUCCUCAGGAUGUGUGGCCUAGAUUUCCAGGUGGAGAUGAGAGCAAAUGCUGAAUUCAUGUCUCCCACUGGAAAAGUCCCUUUCUUACAGUGUGGGACUUUUCUUGUUGCUGAAAUGGAUCCCAUCAUUGCAUUUGUGAACAAUAAGGGGAUCAGUCUUUCUAGUGAUCUGGACAACAGCCAGCGUGCAGAUAUGAAAGCUUACAUGUCACUCAUCAAUGACACACUCUAUAAUGCAGAGUUGUACAUAUCCUGGGUGGAUGACUUAAUAUAUGAAGAAGUGACCAAACCUCGUUAUGGAUCAGUUUUCCCUUGGCCACUAAACAAAGUCAUACCCUGGCAGAGGAAGCGCCAGAUGGUCAAACGCCUCAGUCACCUUGGAUGGGGACAGAAAACCUCUGAGCAAGUCUAUCAAGAAGUUGAUAAGUGCUGUCAUGCCCUUUCAGAAAGACUUGGCACCAACCAAAAGUAUUUCUUUGGCAGAGCCACAGAGUUGGAUGCCCUGGCAUUUGGGCACUUGUACACAAUCCUGACUACAGAUCUUCCCGACAACCGACUGGCUUCCACCGUCCGGCAUUAUCAAAAUCUUGUCACCCUCUGUGAGGCCAUUGAGGAAGACUAUUUUCCUCGUGUCACUGAGUCAGACCUCAUUCCAUGAGGAUUUUUUAAAAUCGAACCUAGUGUUGAUGGGACCCCGAGAAGUUCAGUUACCUGAAGAUGGAUUGUCACAGUUUCAAUUUAUAUUGUCUCUGUCAUGACAAAAUAUGACAUCUUGCAGAACAUGUCAUCUUAAUUUACGUUUUGCAAAGACGGGUAAGUGCGCUACUUACAGAAGUAUCCAGAAGUAGUUUUUUAUUAUUUCUUUGGGCUCUGGAUGCUAGCAUGUGGAGUUCAUGAAAAUCGCUUUCAGUGCUAUAUUGUGAUGGAUGGUUGCUUAAUAAAACUAGACAGCAAAG